UUUUCUCCUGUGAGACGAGCGCAGAAAGUGCUCCGCGAGGCGCCUUUUCUGAGCUCAUGUCAGGCAGAAACUAGCCUCCAGGCUCAGUGGACAAAGCAAACAUUCAAAAUCCAUCAAGUUAAACUGCAUCCUACAUUAUGGCAACCAAAAAGAAGCGAACUCCAAAUGUUCACAAUAACAGCCGGGUUGUCAUUGCUGCAGACUCUGCCAUCGACACUCAGAAACACAACAGUGACCCAGCUUUCGUGAGACUAAGGGAUCCUACCACAGAUGCAACAUCUCUAUAUAUGCUGAGUGCUGGUGAUGUACAGCUGUUUGAGGUCAAAGCGUUUGUAGAAGAUUUCCACUCCUGGUUUGUUGGCCAGACUGUACAGAGAGAUGGACGACUUCUCUUUGUAACGCCGAUGGAUCCUCUCUAUCUAAUCCUACCCUAUUUGAUCAAAUCUGGCAAAGAGGGGAAGUUUCAGCCUGUGGAUCAAGUCGUUAUGGAUGAUGAAUUCCCAGCUUGCUCAAGGCUGCUGAGCUGCACGCGCUCUCUGGCCUCUCUGCACCACAUUACAGAGGAAAAAGAAGUGGGAACACAGAGGUUCCACCGAUACAGUCAGGAGAAGACAAUGAACUGGUUGAAGAAAAAGGUGGAGAGGACAGUCAGCGUGCUGAAGGCGCGAAAUAUCUCUGUGGGAGAACGCGUCAAAUCCACAACAUACAUCACAAUGAAGUCUGAGUUGGAUUACCGCAACGAGGACUACCUACGCUAUGCUCAUGGCCUGGUAUCCGAGUACCUCAGCCAAGACCUCAGCAAAGACCUCCUCACGCACUUGCAGUUGCCCGAGCUUAAAAGCCCAAAGGAGACAGAACCCCCUUCCAAGAAACGGAAACUUACGGACAAACCAGUGGAGGCCGAAGAGGACUAUACCAAAUUCAACAGUGCAGAGUUUGCGCGGAAACCGCCCAAGAAGAUGACUGCGGCUCAGAAAUCUCUGGCCAAGGGGGACAAGACAGGCAUGAAGACAAUGUCCUCCUUCUUCAGCCCCAAGGUCAAAGCAGAAAAGAAAUGAGCUUUGUUUAGUUUCUGGUUCUGUACAUGAAACAUUUGUAAUAAAGUAAAAAUCGUU